AUGUAUGUCAGAGUGGAUGGCAUCACUUCCAAUCACUUGCCUAACAAAAGCGGCACUUAUUUAGUUGGGUUUAACUACUUAUGGUUGGGUUGUCCACAAUCGCUGUGUUUAUCAGGAACUAUAGACGCGGCCACACACGCGGCCACACGUUUGACCAACGGAUCAGUCUAUGUAUUUCGUGGUAACUAUUACUGGGAUCUCAAAUAUCCCCCUUUAGUUAAGUACGCAAAGAGUGCUGAUAAACAAUAUGUAUGGAACUGGGAGUCAAUUGCUGAGACACACCAUUUAAGUGAUGUUGAAUUCCUUCAUAAAAUCGACGCUUCAUUUCAUGUGACCAACAAAAGUGUCUAUUAUUUUAGAGGGAAUAAGUAUUUAAUACAUAAUUGUCCAUUUCAUCCGUUUAAUACUGAGGAUUUGGAUAUACCAUGGGAUCAGAUUGAUGCUGCUUUUGCUGAUAAUAACGCGAUAGCCUUUCAUUUUCGGAUGAACCUAGACUUGUGUUUAAGGACUUAUAUAACUGUCCAUUAG